AUGGGUCUUGUCGCAGCUUCCCUAAACCUACAAUCCACUAUCGAAGGUUUACUAUCACUCAAAGGGUGCUACAAGGGCCGGACUACUUCCGAUGGACACAACAAGGCAAAAGACCAUUCUUCUUUGCAUCCGCCCUUCUCGUGGCUGUAA